GCUCGUAACAAAAGUCAGGCGAAAGAGAAAGAGUUGAAAGCUGAAGAGCCGAAGAUUUAGCGGAUUAGGGCUUUCCAAUGUGGCCCCUGCGCUUGCUGCCCCUCGUUCUAAACUUCUGUUUUUUCUUUGGCGGGGCACUGCUUCCUUAUCGAUACCCAGUUAUUUUUUGCCCCGCUAUCAGAGGAAGAAGUUGAAGAUCAAUCCAUGCCGCUUCGAAAGAGAAGGGUAGGAGCAGUACAGCUGAUUACCUAAGUAAUAUCUUUCUUAUGGAAAGACCAAUAGAGGCUUAGAUUUUGGCAAAAUUGAGUCAUUAUGAGCCACUCUGAGCCGUCCAAUUAAGCUCGUGGAGAGAGUUAGUCACUCGCCGGGGUUACAAAAUAUUUAUUUAUAACUUUUCUCAUCCAAUCAGCUUCACUUUUUGAUGCGCUUUUUGACUUACAUACAACUCAAAUAAAGCCUUUCUCGCUACUACCCAUAUUGUGUGGUACUAUCUCGACAAUAUCAAAGAUUCAGUUCAUAGUCACUUGUGAAAUAUCCUCCAUUGAGAUGCCCGUCGUCACGCCAGAGAAGCUCGCUGCUCUGCAGCAGCACGCGGAUGAUAUAAGAAAUAUCUGUAUCUUGGCUCACGUAGACCAUGGAAAGACGUCGUUAACAGACGCGCUUCUUGCCACAAAUGGCAUUAUCUCACCCAAACUUGCCGGCAAGAUCCGGUAUCUCGAUUCCCGCCCCGAUGAACAAAUCAGGGGUAUCACCAUGGAAUCUUCCGCUAUCUCUUUGUACUUCUCUAUGCUUCGAAGACCAGCACCAGAUGCUGAACCGAUACCCAAGGAAUACUUGAUCAACUUGAUAGAUUCACCUGGCCAUAUUGACUUUAGCAGCGAAGUAUCAACUGCCUCAAGGCUAUGCGACGGUGCUGUUGUUUUGGUCGAUGCGGUUGAGGGUGUUUGCAGCCAAACCGUCACAGUGCUCCGCCAGACAUGGACGGAGAAGCUAAAGCCGCUUUUGGUUAUCAACAAAAUAGACCGAUUAAUCACCGAGUUGAAGAUGACGCCAGGUGAAGCUUAUAUCCACUUAAGUAAACUCCUGGAACAAGUAAACGCCGUUUUGGGAAGUUUCUUCCAGGGUGAACGUAUGGAAGAAGACUUGAACUGGCGAGAACGGGUAGACGAACGGGUUGCUGCUACUGCAGCAAAGGAAGCAAAGCUCGGAGAUAUGGAGAGCGAUGCCGGAGACCUUCAGUUUGAAGAACGAGAUGAUGAAGAGUUGUAUUUUGCCCCUGAAAAGAACAACGUCAUCUUUAGUAGCGCUAUUGACGGCUGGGCAUUUACUGUCCGACAAUUCGCAAGCUUGUACGAAAAGAAGCUUGGUAUCAAACGAAGUAUCAUGGAAAAAGUGCUGUGGGGCGAUUUCUAUUUAGAUCCAAAGACCAAAAAAGUCCUUGGGCGAAAACAUCUAAAGGGUCGUAAUUUGAAGCCUAUGUUCGUUCAACUUGUUCUCGAACAAGUCUGGGCUGUAUAUCAGGCGACUACUGGUGGAGAUCAUGGGAAGGGAGACCCAGCCUUACUUGAGAAGAUUACAAAGUCAUUAAACAUUACAAUACCUCCCCAUAUUAUUAGAUCACGAGAUCCCCGGUUACUCCUCACAACGGUUAUUUCAUCAUGGCUACCUCUUUCUACCGCCCUAUUAGUUUCUGUCGUUGAAUCUCUACCAUCGCCAAAAGUGGCGCAAGCGGAAAGGCUACCUGAAAUGUUAGAGGACUCGCCUGGAUCGACUCACAUUGAUUCCUUAGUCAAGGAUGCGAUGGUGAACUUCAAGACGUCUGACUCAGACCCUGUCGUGGCAUACGUUAGCAAGGUGGUAUCCAUUCCGGAAAGCGAACUGCCGGAGAAUAAGAGGCGAACUGGCCAACUAAGCGCCGAAGAAGCGAGGGAGUUGGCCAGAAAGAAACGAGCGGAAUUUGCUCGUGCUCAGGCGGCAGAAAGCAAUGUAACGGAUGAUCUCACGUCGGCACUCGACAGUGUAAAUUUGGACGAUUUUGCACCUGACGCCGAGGAGAAGAAGGUUGAUCCAGAGCACCUGAUAGGGUUUGCACGAAUGUAUUCCGGAAAGCUAUCUGUAGGCGACUCACUAUACGUCUUGCCGCCCAAGUUUACUGCCGCAAACCCACAUGCAGCCCCUGAACCACAAAAGGUGACCGUGACGGCUUUGUACAUGUUCAUGGGCCGUAAUUUGGAGUCACUGAAUUCUGUACCAGCUGGCGUCGUUUUCGGUAUUGGUGGCCUUGAUGGCGCUAUCUUGAAAUCCGGAACUCUAUGCAGUCAGCUUGAAGGUUCGGUCAACUUAGCAGGUGUUCAUAUGGCAGGAAAGCCUAUUGUCCGAGUCGCUCUUGAGCCAGUAAACCCAGCCGACUUGGACAAAAUGAUCGAAGGACUCAAGUUGCUUGUACGAAGCGAUCCAUGCGCUGAAUAUGAGCAAUUUGGCAGCGGCGAACAUGUCCUGCUUACAGCCGGCGAAUUACAUCUAGAAAGAUGUUUGACAGAUUUAAAAGAAAGGUUCGCGAGGUGUGAUAUCCAGGCGGGUGCGCCAAUCGUUCCGUAUAGAGAGACGAUAGUGCGUGCGGAUGAGAUGAGACCUCCAGUGAAUAAAGAGCUAGGAAGAGGCGUUGUUGUCGGGGUGACGAACUCGAAGCAAGUUAGUAUUACUAUUCGAGUCAGACCGUUACCCGCCAACGUCACGGAAUUUCUGCUCAAGAAUCCUGGUGCCAUCAAGCGUCUAUACUCAGAGCGCAAAGCACUUGAUGGGAUCGAGGCAGAGUCAGAGAUUGGGAUUGACGAAGAACAGAGUGUUGAGGAUGACGAAGACCUUCUGGAAGGCAAAAGUCUGUCUCUUGAAGACCUUAAGAAACAACUCCAGAGUACUCUUGAGACUGGCAAAGGCCGCGAGAUUUGGAAAGGUGUCACUGAUAAAAUAACAGCAUUUGGACCACGGCGAAUAGGUCCGAACUUGCUAAUAGAUGCUACUAAGGACGAGUGUUUUCCAAAGACAUUCGCUCCAGAGAAGCAACAAGAUGGCAACCGCCCGAAGGCUGGCGAAGCACUUCACGCCGAACAUCUAUGUGACAAGGUCACGUACGCGUUCCAACUCGCUAUGAAUCAAGGACCUCUAUGCAAUGAGCCGGUGCAAGGCGUUGCUGUUAUUAUCGAAGAUCUCACUAUAGCACCCAUAGAAGAAGAGACAUCGGCUAGAGACCGGCUCGGCAGACUUACGGGUGAAGUUAUCAAGACGGUACAACAGUCUAUCCGGCAGGGCUUCCUGGACUGGUCUCCACGCCUCAUGCUCGCCAUGUACUCGUGCGAGAUCCAGGCGAGUACCGAGGUCCUAGGCCGCGUUUACGAAGUCCUAACCCGGCGGCGCGGGCGUGUGCUCUCGGAGCAGAUGAAAGAAGGGACACCUUUCUUCACGAUCCAGUCCACGAUCCCGGUGGCCGAGUCCUUCGGGUUCGCGGACGAGAUGCGCAAGCGCACGUCGGGGGCUGCGCAGCCCCAGCUUAUAUUCGCUGGCUUCGACGUCGUGGUCGACGAAGACCCGUUCUGGCAGCCGUUCACGGAGGAUGACCUCGAGGACUUGGGUGAGCUGGCUGAUAGGGAGAACGUGGCGAAACGGUACAUGGAUGGCGUGAGGAGGAGAAAGGGGUUACUGGUCGAGGGUAGAGGGCAAAGGGUUGCAGCGGAGAAGCAGAAGACACUUAAGAGAUAAGGCUAAUGGCUAGUUGGUUAGCUACGAAAUAGUAGAUAAAAUAUAAGACAUGCAAGAAGUUUUGACGAGGACGUUUAAUGCGUAUAAGACAGAACAGCACACAGC